AAAGAUGACGGUCCCUUACCUGAUGUUGAGGACACGGCCGCGCACCUCAGACUCAGGGCUCGCGGGGGAGAUGAAGGAGACCUGGAGUGGUAUCCUUGGCCUAAGAAGGGUCACGAAGUAUACUAUCCUAAACGCUGGAAGGAUCAGGAGUCCGAUGAUGUCAAGAACAAUCCGUUUGAACACCAUGCAUGCCACGUGUGGUGGUGGUCGUGGGUGGUGUUUGGGGCGGAUCGGGACACUUUGAACAUACCCGACGAAUACGAGCCAGCCCUGGCUGAGAGGUAUGGGUCUACCUUGGGCGCGUAUGUAGUCAUAUAUACGGCGAUACAUCGCGAGGUCUAAAACGUAGAGAAAAU